GCAUGACUGUGGACAAGAGCGAGAAAUAGCUAGAUUACAAAGAUAGAUAAAUAGAGCAACGACUUUUUGUGUUGAUAGUAGUGUGGUUUAAGAAAACCACUACUGAUUACACGAAGCUACGUAAUUACAUUAUCAGCGGUUUGUUAUCUGUUAUUGACAAGAGUCAGUAAACUAGAAUUUAGUUCAUUUUCAAUUCCAAGGCUGCUCGCUCGUAUAAAUAAUUCAAUGCCGGUCUAAAAUCAAUUAAUUCACAAUUAUUUUUGCAUGGGUUCAACGCGCGUAAUCAAUUUGUCCAAAAGUUUCCGUAAGUUGGGAUUGAACAGUGCAAGAAACAUGAGUAUUGAUAUUGGAGGCAUGAGAAUAAAAUACAAGGACAAGGAUGACACCUUCUUGGAAAGCCAUCUGGUAUCAAAAGAACCUUUUGGCCAAUUCAAGGCCUGGUUUGAUGAAGCUUGCACAAAAAAGGAGAUUCUAGAACCCAAUGCAAUGUGCUUAGCAACUGUAUCCAAAGAAGGCUUUCCAUCAGCGAGAUUUGUGUUAUGUAAAGGGUAUGGGAAAGAUGGAUUUAAAUUCUUCACUAACUAUGGAAGCAGGAAAGCUAAUGAAAUGAACAAUAACCCAAAUGUGGCUGCAACAUUCUACUGGGAAUUUCUGAACCGGUCUGUUAGGAUUGAAGGUAGUGUGGAAAAACUGGAUGAAGAAGAAUCAACUAGGUAUUUCCACACUCGGCCAGUGCCUAGCCAAAUUGCAGCCUGCACAAGUUUCCAGAGCACUCCCAUUGAAUCUAGGGAUGUAUUGGUUGCUAGGGAGGCUGUUUUAGAGCAAGAGUACAUGAUUCCUGAGAAAGAAGUUCCUAAGCCUAGCUUCUGGGGAGGUUACAUAAUCCGUCCCAGAGCUGUAGAGUUCUGGCAGGGACAAAGAGACAGGCUCCACGAUAGAAUCAAAUUCAGGAAGCCAAAAGACGGAGAGGUGCCUGAUGGAAAGCUCCUGCAUCAAGGGGAAGAUGGAUGGGUCUAUGAAAGACUGUCCCCUUAAAUAAUUCUUUGCAUUUACUUGCAGUAAUGUCUUCCAAUAUCCUAUAAGUUUACAGUUUCAUUGAGAGCAAUCAUUAGUACAAUCAAUAAAGUGUUAUUCUGUUAA